GUAUGUAUAAUCGCUCGGCCCUGCCUUAAAGCAUCUUCAUCUACUGAGGCGAAAAAAAAGAUGCCGCUGUAAAACUUUUCAGUGCUAACGAGAGAAAGGGAGAGAAUUGACGCGAUGUGUGAGGACGAUAAAACAGAGUGAGGAACUUUUCAUACGGCCCUUCGCCAUCAAGGAGGAUCAGCAUGAUUACAUAGAUACCAUCUUUUAUUGGUUCAAGGAAAAGAGACAAAAGUUUUGGGCGAAGUAUGGCGCGAGAGACCGGAGAGUCUGGAGAAACGAAAAGUGCCAAAGUGAAAAAGCAUAAAAGAAGGAAAAGCAAAAAGGAGAGCAAAACCAGGAUUGUACACGCCAACAUUUUGUAUGACCAUACCAAAGGAGGGGAUAACCCAAACAGACACUAUGCAAACAAUAAGAUCAAAACCACAAAAUACACUCUGCUUUCUUUCCUACCGAAGAACCUCUUCGAACAGUUCCACCGUUUUGCCAACGUGUAUUUUGUUUUCAUAGCCUUACUGAAUUUCGUGCCUGUGGUCAAUGCGUUUCAACCAGAGUUGGCUCUUGCCCCUGUGGUUUUUAUUUUGUCCGUUACCGCUAUUAAGGAUUUAUGGGAGGAUUACAGACGACACCGCUCGGAUAAAGAAAUAAAUCAUAUGGACUGUCUCGUUUACUGCAGGACUGAGAAACGAUAUGUGGAGAAAUACUGGAAAGAGGUGCGAGUCGGAGACUUUAUUCGUCUGCGCUGCAACGAGCUUCUGCCAGCGGAUGUUCUGCUGCUCAGCAGCAGCGACCCGGACCGCCUGUGCCACAUUGAGACGGCCACACUGGAUGGUGAAACUAACCUCAAGCAGAGGCAGGUGGUGCGGAGCUUUUACGACCUGGACUGUGAGUUUGACCCAAUAAAAUACAACAGUGUUAUUGAGUGUGAGAAGCCCAACAAUGACCUCAACAGAUUUCGUGGAUACAUAAUCCAUCGCAGUGGGAGGAGAGAUGGCCUGUACAAAGACAAUUUGCUGCUUAGGGGCUGCACCAUCCGCAACACAGAGGAGGCUGUAGGAAUCGUCAUCUAUGCAGGUCAUGAGACAAAAGCAAUGCUGAACAACAACGGUCCACGUUAUAAACGCAGUAAACUGGAGCGGCAGAUGAACGUAGAUGUAUUCUGGUGUGUCAUCAUCCUCCUAGUCAUGUGCCUCUUUUCCGCCAUUGGACAUGGCCUGUGGAUGUUUCAGUAUGGAGAUAAGAGGCCUGUCUUUGACGUCCUGAGCCCAGAAGGAACAGACUUAUCUCCAGUCGUCUCAGCCAUUUAUCUCUUCCUGACCAUGAUUAUAGUAUUCCAGGUGCUGAUCCCAAUCUCGCUCUUUGUUUCCAUUGAAAUAGUGAAGAUAUGCCAGGUGUACUUUAUUCAUCAGGACAUGGAGCUGUACGAUGAGGAAACAGACUCUCACCUCCAAUGCAGGGCUCUAAACAUCACAGAAGACUUAGGCCAGAUGCAGUACAUUUUCUCUGAUAAGACCGGCACGCUAACGGAAAACAAGAUGGUGUUUCGCCGUUGUACUGUGGCAGGAGUCGAGUACUCGCAUGAUGCCAACGCGAGGAGGCUUGCUAUGUACCAGGAAAUGGAUUCAGAGGAGGAGGACUGUACAUCUCAUGGUGGAACUCUCCCACGACGGGACAGCGUCAUCAGCCACCAAAGUGGAAAAGUGGUAUUGCGAUCACAGAGCACCAAAUCUCACCGUCGCACCGGGAGCAGAGCCGAAGCCAAACGGGCUAGCAUUCUGUCCAAACACACUGCUUUCAGCAGUCCCAUGGAAAAGGACAUUACUCCUGAUCCGCAGCUCAUGGAUAAAGUCAACGAGUGCAGCAGUCAGAUGGAGUUCAUGCGUUUUCACAGUCAGCCCCUAAACCAGAUUCCUCCUGACCUGUGUGACGUCUUUGACUUUUUCAUUGCUCUUACUAUCUGCAACACUGUGGUUGUGUCCUCUCCCAAUCAACCUCGGCAGAAGGUGCGUCGCUACGAGUUGAAGUCUCCAGUGAAGACCAUCGAGGACUUCAUCAAACGCUUCACUCCUAGCCGCCUGACCUCUGGCUCCAACAGCAGCAGCUCCUCCAGUCUGGCCACCAACCGUUCUUCCUCCCAUAAAGUGGGCUGCAGUAUGCUGUCCUCCCCCUCGGCCGAGAGCACGCUCACAAAGCUGCAUGAGGAGAAACGUCCGGAGCACGACCUGCAGCAUGCCUUCAGCCCCGUCCCACCCAACUUUGAUAAAACAAAAGCUUUGGCUCAAGAUGAAUGCGAGCUCAGAUAUGAGGCAGAGUCACCGGAUGAGGCAGCUCUGGUUUAUGCAGCCCGGGCCUAUAAGUGUGCUCUUGUCGGUCGUUUACCGGAUCAGGUGACUGUGGAGCUUCCACACUUGGGCAAGCUGAGCUUCGAACUUCUGCACACACUGGGGUUUGACUCCACAAGAAAAAGGAUGUCGGUGGUGGUAAAACACCCGCUUACUGAGCAAAUCACGGUCUACACCAAGGGUGCUGAUUCAGUCAUCAUGGAUUUGAUCAGACCAGCUACAGAUGAUUGCAAAGGAAAGCGACAAAGGAAAAUCUUGUAUAAAACUCAAAACUACUUAAAUCUUUAUGCUGCAGAUGGUCUCAGGACACUCUGUAUUGCCAAAAAGGUGCUCAGUAAGGAGGAGUAUGCCACUUGGCUACAACACCACCUGGAAGCAGAGACAGCCAUACAGAGGAGGGAGGAGCUGUUAUUUGAGUCUGCAUUACGGCUAGAGACAAAUCUCCAACUUCUGGGCGCGACAGGUAUUGAGGACAGGCUUCAGGAUGGGGUUCCCGAGACCAUCGCCUCUCUGAGGAAAGCUGGCCUUCAGAUCUGGGUGCUGACAGGAGAUAAACAAGAGACUGCCAUCAACAUUGCCUACGCCUGCAAACUUCUAGACCCAGAGGAGGAGAUAAUCACUCUUAAUGCUGAAUCACAGGAGGCUUGUGCUGCAUUGCUCGAGAACAGUCUGCACUACAUCCAGGCCAAGUUCCUUUGCAACCCUCGACCAGAUCCUCAAGUAGCUAGAGACUAUGCUGGCAUCCACUUCUCUUCUCCGGCCUCUUCCGGCCACUCCAGCCCUUUCCUGGUGCACCGGCUCGGGCUGGUGAUCGACGGCCGAACUUUGGCCUAUGCACUGGACAAGAGUUUGGAGGACAAGUUCCUGGCUGUGGCUCGAAGUUGCAGGUCCGUUCUAUGCUGUCGCUCGACGCCCCUGCAGAAGAGCAUGGUGGUCAAACUAGUGCGUAACAAGCUCAAGGUCAUGACGUUGGCAAUAGGUGAUGGUGCUAAUGAUGUUAGUAUGAUCCAAGUGGCUGAUGUAGGCGUGGGGAUCUCUGGACAGGAGGGCAUGCAGGCGGUAAUGGCCAGUGACUUUGCCCUGCCACGGUUUCGAUACCUGCAGAAGCUGCUCUUGGUUCACGGCCAUUGGUGUUACUCUCGUCUCGCCAACAUGAUCCUCUACUUCUUCUACAAAAAUGCUAUGUUUGUUGCCCUCAUCUUCUGGUAUCAGUUCUACUGUGGGUUCUCUGGGUCAGCCAUGGUUGAUCAGUGGUACCUGAUUUUCUUCAACCUGAUGUUCUCCGCAUUCCCUCAGCUCAUCACCGGCACCCUGGACAAAGACGUGUCAGCAGAAACCCUGCAGGAAUUGCCGCAGCUCUACAUGAAUGGACAAAACUCAGAGGAAUAUAAACCCUACAUGUUCUGGAUGAACAUGAUUGAUGCCUUCUACCAAAGCCUCAUCUGUUUCUUCAUCCCUUACUUUGCUUACGUUGACUCUGAUGUGGAUUUGUUUACGUGGGGCACUCCCAUCACCACCUUGGCACUCUUCACCAUUUUACUGCACUUGGGGAUCGAAACCAAAACCUGGACAUGGAUGAACUGGGUGUCGAUUGGCUUCAGUAUAGCUCUCUUCUUCACUGUGGCGCUGUGUUACAAUGCGUCCUGCCCGACCUGUUUCUCUCCUUCCAACACUUAUUGGACCAUGCAGAGGCUGCUGGGAGAUCCUAUGUUCUACCUGCUUUGUGUUGUCACGCCUAUUGCCGCUCUUCUUCCCAGAUACUUUUAUAGAGCUUGUCAGGGAACUCUAUUCCCAAACCCUGUCCACGUGGGAAGACAACUGGACACACUGCCAAUGGACAUGCGCAGGAUCUUCCUGAGUCAGAGCCAGAUGAAGCUGGGCUCCCUCGGCUCACUGUUUCCCCCCCGCGCCCCGUUUUUCCCUCUCUGCAGGCCUUUCCAGAAAGACUACAGGCCCAGGGUAAAACAAACCCACAUGAGUAGCACCAAACAGAAGGAGAAAACUAUAUCCAGCCCCAUCCCGUCAAAAAGCAUGGAGAUGCGGGACACACCUUUAAGCUCAAAAAACUCUGACAACCAUAUCACACUCAACUUCAGAAUGCAGGAAAAAGUUCAAUCCUGCACACAGGGUGCAGACAGCACCCUGUCUGAAAACUUAUACUUUGUGAAGGAACCUUCGAGUCCCAUCACAGGCACUCUGCCGUACACCAAAGACACUCCUCUCUCCAGGACUAUUUUGGAGAGCACGGGCUUGGAGGCCCCACUGAGCCCAACAGACCUCUCUCAGGUCGGGUUGCUCACCUCCACUCCGCUGCUUCCUCAAAACGAGACUAUGCAGCUCACGUCGCCACCCAGAAGUUGUUGUUUGCGACAAAAUCUGGAUGACCAGGACCAUUCAAACCAAAAGUCCCUACUGAAACAGGCCGAGGAUGUGGGUCACACCCAGUCAACUAGCUGCCUACAAGAACAUUCACACAAAACAACAUUUCUAUGAUGCUUUCUACCUGUUACGCUGAUUCAAAUUUGCACGUUAGCUUUAAGAAAUAUUAUAUAUUCAUGUUUAUUUUAUAAAGAUAUAGGUUGGUACUACAUAUAUAUAUAUAUAUUUUAGAUGUAUAAAGUUUAGAAUAAAUUUUUGUUGUUUUUUUUUUUUUGUUUUUUUUUUUUUGAGAGAGAGAGUGGCCAGCAUAUGCAAACUGGAUGGUCUUACUAUGACUGACUUUUUAGUUUUUUUUUUUUUUUUUUUUUUUUUUUUUAAAAACCAUCUCAAAAGUGGAGGAGGUUUGUUUCUUGAGGUAGAGGCAGUCCAGAGACAUUCCGUUAUCUGUUUAUUUGAACCUGGAUGUUCUGGCGCACUUUAAAGAGCCGCCUUCUCCUACCAUUAGACACUGCUGAUAGAACUACACUCAUAUUUCCCCAUCCCAGUGGUAAAAAUCAUGGUACCUGUCAAUGUCAGUAGCUACAGAAAUUUCAGUAACACUUACAAAAAGUGUACAUGAGAAAUCCUGAACUACACUGAUUAAUAGUUUAGAAUCAAGGCACAACUAAUCAAGAACUAAUAAUGUGCGACAGGAGUCAUUAGUAACAUCACGUUUUUACGUAUUUGUUGUAGUAUGUUAAUUAAUGUUUUAACACUUAACACUCAAGUGAUUCCUAUUACAAGGAAUGUGAAGUGGCAAAACCUACUCUGACUUUAAAUACCAGAGCACAAUUUUAAUUCAUUUUAAUGCCUGAAUAACUUUUCACAGUCACAUCUGCUAUUUCGUUAAGAACAUUUAUUAGAUAAUCACAGUUUGUCAUUUUAAAUGAAUAAUCCCAUUUAAAAUCUAAUUUGGCUUUUUGGCUUGCUUUAAAUUCUUUGUCAUACAGCCAAUUUAAUGCAGUAAACUUGUUCAGACGUGUACAGUUGAGGUCAAAAGUUUGCAUCCCCCUUUUAGAAUCAUGUAAUGUUAAAUAUUUUACCAAAAUAAGAGGGAUUAUACAAAAUGCAUGUUAUUGUUUAUUUAGUACUGACCUGAGUAAGAUAUUUCACAUAAAAGAUGUUUAGUCAACAAGAGAAAAUAAUAGUUGAAUUUAUAAAAAUCAAAAGUGUACAAUUCUUGAUUUUUAAUACUGUGUUGUUAUCAGAAUGAUCCACAGCUGUGUUUUUUUUUUUUUGUUUAGUGAUAGUUGCUCAUGAGUCCCUUGUUUGUCUUGAACAGUUAAACUGCCCACUGCACUUCAGGUCCCACAAAUUCUUGGGUUUUCCAGCAUUUUUGUGUAACUGAACCCUUUCCAACAAUGACUGUAUGAUUUUGAGAUCCAUCUUUUCACACUGAGGACAACUGAGAGACUCGUAUGCAAUUAUUACAGCCGGAUUCAAAUGCUCAUUGAUGCUCCGGAAGAGAAAAAAAAAGUAUUAAGAGCGGGGGUGAAAACUUUUGAACCAAAUUGAGAUGUGUGCAUUUUUUUUUUUUUUUUUUGAAAAAAAAUAUAAUAUUUAGACAUUUAGUACUGCCCUUCAGAGGCUACAGAAGUAGUUAAAUCAAGUUAAAUUUUACCCUGAUCUUCAAAUUCCAAAAGUUUUCACCCCUCUUAAUGCUUUGUUUUUCCUUAUGAAGCAUCAGUGAACAUUUGAUCCUUCUGUAAUAGUUGAAUAUGAGUCCAUUAGUGUGAAAAGAUCUCAGAAGCAUACAGUCAUUGUUGGAAAGGGUUCAAAUACAGUUUAAAUGUUCAGGACAAACAAGGGACUCAUAAACAAUUAUCACUAAACAAAAAAAUACAGCUGUGGAUUAUUCAGGUAACAACGCAGUGUUAAUAAUCAACUGUAUGUAAACUUUUGAACAGGGUCAUUUUUAUAAAUUCAACUAUUAUUUUCUCAUAUGAACUAUCUUUUAUGUAAAAUAUCUUAUUCAGGUCACUACUAAAUAAACAAAAAUAUGCUUUUUUUGUAAAAUAAUAAAGGGGGUGCAAACUUUUGACCUCAGCUGUAGUUAAAGUGGCCAUUAUUCACAUGACUCCCUCUGAUUCCAGUCAUAUCUCGUGUUAGCGCUUAAUUAGUUCUUGAUUAGUCCAUGAGUUCAUUCACCGUUAGUGCAUGAUUUAUGUACCCUGUUUGUAAAGUGUUUGCAAUUCCUUAAAUAUUCCUCUAAGUGUUGUGUUUGUUGCUAGAUCCCCUGACGACUUUAAUUAGUGCUGAUCAAGAAAUGCUCACUUGUUGAUUUAAAGUUGUUGCUGUUCAGAGGACUAUGCAUGACUUUUACUCCAUUCUUGAAGCUCUUGGACAUCUACCAUCUCACACAAAUGUCAUUACUGAUUUACUAGAGUUAAAUAUUAUCACAGUGGAGCUUUCUCGCUUUUCAUGCAUAUACAGAUGGUUCUUGUGGCAGGUUCCAGCUUAAGUAUUUGUUUUUCUCGUUUUCUUCCUUUUUUGCUGCUGCUUUUGUUUCUACACACAUUCCUGCAGGAUAGGAUUUCACUUUUGCCUUUUUUUUAUAUAUAGUUAUACUCAUACGGUGCAAGAGUGCUUUAGGAAAUAGAAGGCGAUGCAUCAAGCUACUUAGUGUUAAUGGACAGAGAGGAUCCUGGGAGGUGGCCUUAAGGAUCAACUCAGAAAGUUGUGCUGAUGUGCCACUUUACUCUGUAUUUUUACGGCCUGAUCUGUUGAUAUAUAUAUGCAUCUUUUGUUAUUUGCUGAUUGUAUUUUUCUGCUGUUCACUUUAUACACAAUCCUUGACCAAAGAUGCAAGAAGCACAUGAUGGCUGGACGUUUGUACUGUAACCUCUUGCUCGGGCUGAUUGCUUUAUCAAUUAGCAAUUUAAUUGGCUCAGGGCUGCUGUUCUUUAUUAAAGGGAUAUUUCAGCCAAAUUAAGACCUAAAAAUGUUUGACUUUACACAAUGCAGUGAAAGUCAGUGAGGUCCAAUAUAACCUUAUUGACUUUCAUUGCAUGGACAAAAAUAUCAUACUGGUUUAAAACAACGUGAGGGUUUGAUAUUUUGGCUGAACUAUCUCUUUAAGUGUCUUUUUGCCCUCACCGCUCAAGCUAUUCCCAAACUGGUCCUAUUUUUUCAUGACCGGAAUCUUUUGUAUGGAUUUGCAUCUCGCUCGCCCUCAGGAACGCCUGUGUACUUUCACGUAAACAUUCCAUUUUAAUCAUUCAAUAAGGGAAUUAACACACUAGUCUGUGGCUUUGUGACUUCUCGUUGUUUUGAAGCGGUAAUAUGUGUAAUGAACGGUUCAGACAAGCACAUGGGUGGUUAUCCGUUUGUUCCGCAAGCAAAUAUUUCAUGAAUCGGCAAAUGUCAGGGGUGUGGCGUAUUAUAGAGUCCCCUAGAGAGAUGCUAAAAUAGUUUUUAUGAGAUGAUUUGUCAUGCUGUGCUCGCAUAACCUCAAGGCCUCACCAAUCUGUUCGUUCGGUAGCUCAUUUGGGCAGUCGCUAUCAAAACCGCUGAUUUAUGAACAGCCUACCAGGAGGAUUAUGAGAUCUAUUGUGCUCAUUACACAACGAAUGGUGUGAACAGAAUGUGCUCAGACAAAAAAAAAAAACAGGGGUGUUACAUUAGAAAUCAUCUUGAUUGUACUUGUCAUUCAUAAACACAAAAACUCAUGUUUUUUGAGAAAACGUUUGGGUGUGUAUAGAGGGCGAUGCGGUGUUAAGCUGGGUGUGAGCGGGGAAAAAAAUGACUGACUGGAUACUAGAGUAAAACCCUGAAGAAGCUAUUAUGAAGCACACAUGUACUUUGUCCCUUCAGUUUUUCUUCUGCACAGCUCAGGUUCAGCAUUUGAGCAGUAUUUUCGUCUCGUAUUGUAAUGUUUAUAGCAUCCGAAAUAAUUUUAUUUUCAUAGUGGCAACAUUUGUAUGUGCUGAAGUGCUUUAGUAUACACAAGACAGUUUUAUACGAUAUGGAAUAUAUGUUACGUGCCUUAACACUGGAGAACACAUAUGUAGACGGCAAUACAUACAGUGAAUUUUAUACACGUGCGGUAUAUGUAAAGUUAUUUAGAGUUAUAUAAAUAAAUGAGGUUUAAUAAACAAAAUUCUUUUUGGUUUUUAACAAAUUGAAGAGAUUAUGCUGUACUUUUGUUCUGUACUAUAUUUGUUUGUUUUUAGAUUGGAAUGUGCCAGUACUUGGAUCCCAGGUUUCAGGUCUGUCAAGUUCUUGGCCGAGCACCACAUGCUGUAAUAGAAUCCAUUCACAGCUGCAUUCCAGAGCCUUUCCUUAACUUCAGGGCAGAUCACCAGCAGGAAUGCCGUCCUUCAGAGUUUGUCAUAGCACACAUAUAAGCAUUGGGUGGACUUUUUUGAUACUCAGCAUGACUUUUAUCACUGUCACUGCCAUGACUGUUUCUGGCUCAUUGUACUGUAAUUGGUGUUUGUUAUAGUCACGCAAAGGUUCAGUUUGUUCUCACUGUAGACUCACUACAUUGCCAGCCCUUCAAGAAAAAACACCUGUUUCAAGUGGUUCGCUGACAUUUUGGAGGAGUUUGUUAAAUUGUUCACUUGUUUGUAUUGGUUUCUUGACAAAGAACAACUCUUUGUGUCAUAAAACGGAAAUAAAUAAUAAGAAAAUGUU